GCUCUAAAUUAAUAGUGUACACACAAUGUUUAAACGUUGCUUCAAAAAUUUUGUAGAAAUACUUUUUGUUUACCGUAGUUAAUUGGUUUUUACAAUGCUAAACAAACUUUCGCUGAAAAAUACAGAAGUAUCGCUACGACCAAUUCAUUUAAAAACUAUUUUUGUAAUGCAUUUACUGAAAUAUUGUUUAUGUGUUUUACGAUGUUAGAAACACAUAUUCAACCAGUCAAGGACUGAGAGUGUAACUGUUUAAAAUGCUAUCUAGAACUCAAGAUCAAAACCCAUGAAAAGCUGAUCAUAAAAGUUAUCACAAUAAUAAUACAAAUAAAUAUGAAGCGAACCGACAACUACUGUGUGGACUUCAAACAUGUAUUUUAUAGACUCUCAAUUAUUGCCCUACUCAGUUUGCGACUGCACUCUGUAGACUGCGUCAAGGAAAUGCCGGCACAGGGGUUCUUCCCCUCAAAUGACAUUGUUGCCCAGUUUUACCUGCCGUCUAUAUCGACGACAUCAAAAUCCAACAAUGGAAAUCGUAGUACAGAAACUGGUGGAAUCUCUCAAACUAAAAACUAUUUUACUCAUCUCAGUUUUGAUCAUAAGCACAAUGUCUUGUUUGCGGGAGCCACAAAUAAAAUACUUAAACUUAACGAAAAUCUUCGUGUGCUGUCUGAAGCUGUAACGGGACCUGUAAAUGAUUCACCGCAAUGCCACGCAGGAGGGUGUCCGGAGGAUAUAGAGACAUCGCUGGUCAACAAUUACAAUAAAAUUCUUGUAGUAAGCUACGCCAACGAUGGAAUUCUUAUAUCUUGUGGUAGCAUUAGACAAGGAGCUUGCGAAAUUUACAGUCUGCCGCGGUUUCCAUCUACGCCUCAAUUUUUUGCAGUACCAUUGGCUGCUAAUGAUGAAAUCGCAUCCACAUAUGCGUUUGUAGGUCCAGCAAGAUAUUCAUGGAAAGAGGAAGACAUAUUAUAUGUGGGAACCACAUUUACAAAUGUUGGGGAUUAUCGUCACGACGUACCAGCUAUUUCAUCCCGUCGCCUUGAUGACUUAAACUAUGCAGAGUUUUCAAUACAGCAGUCAAUUAUAAACAUAGAUGUCAAAUAUCGGGAUCAUUUCCUAGUUGAUUAUGUUUAUGGCUUUAAUUCUUCUGAAUAUGCAUACUUUAUUAUUGUUCAAAAGAAAUCACAUUUGGCAGAUGAGGCGGGUUAUGUUACCCGUUUGGCCCGGAUAUGUAUAACAGACCCUAAUUACGACAGUUACACUGAAAUUACUGUUCAGUGCACUGCAACUGAAAACAAUAUUGACUACAAUAUACUACGCGAUGCAAAGUUAACACCUGCUAGCCAAAAGCUAGCUCAAAAAAUGGGUAUAAAAAAAGACGAUCACGUAUUAGUAACAGUAUUUUCCCCUUCAAAAGAGAUAAGUAAUCAGCCAGAAAGUAAAUCAGCAAUGUGCAUUUACAGCAUAAAAGAUAUUGAAGACGUGUUCAUUGAAAACAUACAUUUAUGCUUUAACGGAACAAUAAAGGAUCGAAACUUGGGCUAUAUAUCGGGCACCAUUAAUGAUGGCAGAUGCCCAGUAGUCGGGUCGCUCGGUAACAUUUACAACUUUUGCUCUGUGGGACUUAAAAUAAGCGGAGUAUCUCCUAUCACUAGCCAUGCUCUAUUUCACUUUGAAAACGUAUCUGUUACAUCGGUGACUGCUACUUCAACAACUGAUCAACAACAUUCUCUUGCUUUUCUUGGAACAGACAUGGGAGUAAUUAAAAAGGUUUUACUGUCUGGACAAAGUCCAGGUGAGUACGAAGAAAUAGUUGUUGAUGCUGGAAACCGCAUACUUCCCAAUACUAUGAUGUCUCCCAAAAAGGAUUUUCUUUACGUUCUAUCUGAUCGAAAAAUUACAAAGCUACGAAUAGAGCACUGCUCUGUUUACACUAACUGUUCAGCUUGCUUGGAGUCUCGAGAUCCGUUCUGUGGAUGGUGUUCUUUGGAAAAACGAUGUACUGUGAGGUCAACUUGUCAGCGAGAUACUUCUGCGUCGCGCUGGCUUUCAUUGGGAAGUGGACAGCAAUGUAUUGAGUUUGAAGCUAUAAUACCAGAAAAAAUACCAAUUACUGAGCUAACUCACCUACAUUUAAUAAUUCGAACGUUGCCCGAACCUUUCAAUGCAAAAUACCGUUGUGUUUUUGGAAACUCCACUCCCAUUGAUGCGGAGAUUUUGGACAAUGGACUUGGUUGUGCUACGCCUCCACUUGAUGAAAGACCGGAAAUACCAACUAAUACUGACCACGUAUUGGUGCCAUUGUCGGUGAGAAGUUCGGAGACAAAUAAAGACUUUGUGUCAAGAUAUUUUGCCUUUUUUGACUGUUCACAUCAUGGAAAUUGCCAAGAAUGUGUUCAAAGUUCUUGGGGUUGCAACUGGUGUGUUUUCGACAACAAAUGCGUCCACAAAACGUCUCCAUGCCGUAGUAUCGAAAAUGCUAUAAAUGCGGUUGGGCAAUGCCCCCAUUUAAAAAACAAUCAUCCGGCGAUUCUUUUACCGGUGCGGGUGCCCAAAGAAAUUAGGUUAGAAAUUGAAAACUUGCCAAAACCAAAAAGUGCCCAUGCAGGUUUUUUAUGCACUAUACAUAUUGAAGCUGCCCAAAUGCUACUACCUGCUCACAUCGAGUCAAACAAGAUUGUAGUUUGUGAAAAAACACCCUAUUUCUACGAGACCAAUACUCAUGAGUACCAGGCAAAGGUUGUAGUUACAUGGAAUUUCCAGCACUAUGUGGACACUGCAACUAUAACGUUGUACAAGUGCGACGUACUGGGCUCUCAUCGAGAUCAUGCUGAUUGCAGUUUGUGUGUGACUCGUGAUCCAAAAUACAAAUGUUCCUGGUGCAGCAACUCAUGUGUGUAUAAUGAAACAUGUAUGGAAGAUAAAAACUCUAUAAACGGUGGAUCUAAAUUGGCUUUAGAAAACGAGUGUCCUUUGCCUAGAAUCGAUAUUAUCAAGCCAUUAUCGGGUCCUAUUGAGGGUGGCACUCUUAUUACAAUUGAAGGAAGUAAUUUGGGGAUUCGCGAAGCAGAUGUGCGUGGAAAGAUUUUUAUAGGGACGGUUCCGUGUGAACUUGUGUCUUACCAAAUAUCUGUAAAGAUUGAAUGUCGCACUACAGCAACGAUGUACGAAAUGUCAGCACCUAUAAAGGUUGCAAAUGAUGCUGGAUAUACUGAAUCAAGUGUACAAUUUCAUUUUAAAAACGUGAUGUUAACAGGAUUGUAUCCCUCAAUUGGACCCAGGUCGGGGGGAACACAAUUGUCAAUCAUCGGAAAGUUUUUAAAUAUUGGAUCAACUAUGCGCGCAUUUUUAGAUGAGUAUGAAUGUUAUAUAAACUUUACACAAGCUUCGUCUACCCAAGUAAGCUGCACUACAUCUGAGGCGACUCAGCCAGAGCCUAUACGAUCUCUGCAUCUAAUAAUUGAUGGUGCAAACCGAACAUUAGAAUGCCAAAAUUCGGCGCUGAGCACUACCAACAAAAAUCCGUCACGAAGUAAUUUUGGUCAUCAAUUUCGUACACCACUGCGGCAGCCGUGUUCUAUUUUUAACUAUACUCAGGACCCGCGAAUAAUGCAAAUUAAACCCUUACGCAGUUUUGUAAGCGGAGGUCGCGUUUUAACUGUUCAUGGAAUAUAUCUUGAUUCAAUUCAAAAACCUGAACUAGAGGUUUUUGACAAUGAACGAGUUAACAAAACUUCUUGUGUUGUCGUUACCUCAAAUCAAAUGGAGUGCCCAUCACCUCCGGUGAAUUAUAAAUUUCAAACUUUUAAAAAUGCCAGCAGAAUGCUGAAUUCGGAAUUGGACUUUAAAAAUGCUUCUCUGACAACAGAGAAUUGGUUUAGUCAUAGGCAAAAGCGAAGAUCAGACUUUAUGGAUAACUUUCACAUUUACACAACUGGUGAAACUUCGCCUAGCUACUUAGCUGAGAAUAACAUGGAUGUCACAACUUUUGUAAAGGUCCAUGAAACUCAACUAAAUUUACAACUUAGUUUUGUAAUGGACAAUGUUCAGCUUGUUCGGGAUUUGACAAAAUAUUUUCAUGAUAUACGAAGCACUAUAGUUUACUUAGCUGAUCCCAAAUUUUUGCCAUUCCCAAAAGAUGGAAUCAAACUGUAUAAGGGGGACAGUCUAGUCAUAGAGGGUGAGCUUUUAAACUUGGCAGCAGAUGAAUAUGACGUCAAUGUAACUAUUGGAACCGCUCAAUGUAAUAUUACCAGUUUGGCACUCACCCAACUUUUAUGCAUUCCACCGGAGCAUCAACCGCUCCCAACAGAUGAAAAUGGUAUCGAUCAAUCUCUUGAGUUACCUCUUGUUGUAGUUAAAGUGGGACGUAACCUUCGUUUUGUUAUUGGAUAUUUAAAGUAUGAUUUAAAUAAACCGUAUGUUUUCUCACACGCUUUGUUUGUGGUUUUGUUGACGGUGGCAAUCCUUGUAAUUUUUCUGGUAAUCGUACUAAUAAUAUUCAGAAGGAAGUCUACGCAAGCGGAACGGGAAUACAAACGUAUUCAGAUACAGAUGAUAACAUUAGAAAGCAAUGUUCGUUCUGAGUGUAAGCAGGCAUUUGCCGAGCUUCAAACGGACAUGACCGAUCUAACGGCAGAUUUAGAAAGUACCGGAAUACCAACGUUAGACCACGUGAACUAUAUUAUGAAGGUCUUCUUUCCGGGGGUAUCGGAUCAUCCCAUUUUAAAUUCGGAGAAAUUUCGUGGAAACAGCCCACAUACGAACUAUGACGCUGCAAUGGUGCAGUUUGAACAACUCAUUGGAAACAAAUAUUUCUUACUUAUGUUUAUUGAAACCUUAGAGGCUCAACGGUCGUCCUUCUCGAUACGCGACCGAGUUAAUGUUGCGUCGUUACUUAUGAUAGUUCUUAUGAAUAAAAUGGAAUAUGCCACGGAGAUCUUAAAGUCUCUUUUAUUGCGUUUAAUUGAUAAAUCACUUGCUAGCAAGCAUCCUCAGCUAAUGCUACGGCGCACUGAAAGCGUAGUUGAAAAGAUGUUAACCAACUACUUAGCAAUUUGUAUGUACGAUUAUCUCAAAGAGUACGCUGGAUCUAAUUUAUUCUUGCUAUUCAAGGCAAUUAAGCAUCAAAUUGAAAAAGGUUUGGUCGAUGCAAUAACUAACGAUGCUCGUUACUCACUUUCCGAAGAACGUCUUUUGCACGAACAAAUAACCCAUUCAGUUGUAAUGUUACAUAUUUUACAAGAUGAUCUUGAUGAAAAAGUCCAAUGUCGAGUAAACGAUUGGGAUACUAUUUCACAAGUAAAAUUAAAAAUUCUUGACGCAAUUUUUAAAAAUACUCCCUUUUCUAUGAGACCAUCUGUGCACGAAGUGGACUUAGAAUGGAGACACGGACGAGGAGGUCAUCUCACGUUGCAGGAUGAAGACUUAACAACAAAAACAGUUAAUGGUUGGAAACGCCUUAACACACUGGCUCAUUACGGAGUCAAAGAAUCGGCCGUAAUGUCACUCAUUGCAAGACAAAGUGAUAAUUACCAUAUACCCUAUGGUAAAAACCAAAAUCAUGCACCAUACCAUAAUUUUUAUUUUAUAAAUAACUCGCAAAGCCAUAUUAUAAUGAAUAAUGACAUCGAAUCAGGUUUGCAACAGCCGCGACUUUACCAUCUUGUUAAACCGGUUAUUCCUGAUCAUUAUAUGAACAUUAAAAACUCAGUUUUAUCUGGAGCGUCACCAGCAUUGCAAUCAUCGCAUUGCGUAAAUAAUUGUAAUGAUAGGGUUAACAAAACAAUACCAGAAGUAUACUUAACACGCCUGUUGGCUACUAAAGGAACUAUACAGAAAUUUGUUGAUGAUUUCUUCUCAAUUAUUUUAACUGUAAAUGAGGAGCUACCACCUGCAGUGAAAUGGCUGUUUGAUUUACUGGAUGAGGCAGCGCGUCGUCAUGAUAUUGCUGAUACUGAUAUUGUGCACGCUUGGAAAUCCAAUUGCCUGCCCCUUCGAUUCUGGGUUAACUUUAUAAAAAAUCCAGACUUUAUAUUUGACGUUAAUAAAACAUUUUGUGUGGAUUCCUGCCUAAGUGUCAUCGCCCAAACUUUUAUGGAUGCGUGCUCAACCGCUGAGCACAGACUUGGAAAAGACUCUCCUUCCAAUAAGUUGCUUUUUGCUAAAGAUAUUCCCCACUACAGAAUUAUGGUGAAGGAGUUUUACCGCGACGUGUCAAAGCUUCCACAAAUAAGCGACCAGGAAAUGAGUACAGCUAUGCAGCAACUAUCUAUAAGGCAGAAUGAAGAAUUUGAUACAAUUUCUGCUUUAAAAGAGUUAUAUAUAUAUAUAACAAAAUACAAGGGUCAGAUUAUGGAAGCUCUAGAAAGUGAUAUAAAUUGCCGGAAGAUGCAACUUUCCAGAAAAUUGGAAAACGUCGCUGGUACCCUGGACGGCGACGGAAUAUCUAAUUGCUGACAUAAAGAUGACGCGUUAGGAUUUGUUUGGACUUUCAAAUAUAUAUAUAUAUAUAUAUAUAUAUAUAUAUGAUUUUUGGUUUUCAACACGGUCAAUAUUGAUUAGUUGUCACUUGGAAUGCACUUUAAACUUUUUAUUAAAAAAAAUGACUGGCAUAAAUUAUAGAGAACUUAUCAUUGUAAACAUUUUUAUAGGCCCUGAAAAUCGUGUCCAAAAAACAUGUAUGUGCAAAAAGCAGGCUUUGUAAUCUAAGAACAAUUCCCUUCCGCUAUAAUUACGAAAAAAAUACAACGUUUUUUCGAUAUUAAACAAUU